AUGUCCAUGGCAUCAAUCAAGCGCCCAUCUCUAGGCCAGAUUGCAGACCUCGGUGAUUUUUACGACGCCUGCACCGACUCUUUUACUUCCAUUUCCCUCCUGAAGGGAUCGCCUCCGCCUACGACGGUGCGGUGCACCGAUAAUCCAGGCACCGAGACGGAAGUCCUCAAGGAAAACUCAUUUGGAGAAAAGUUCCGCGGGCUUAAGGUGGAAGCCGACCUUGGAGCUAGUAUCCUCUCGGGUCUGAUAUCCAAUACCACUGUCCAUGAGAAGCUCAACUUGGGUGCCUUCUUGACCCCCGAGCUUCGCUCUCUCUUGAACUCCGAUGCUCUGCGCGGCAAUCUCGGCACGCACGUUGUCUGCGAAAUCGAGUGGGGAGGCUCGAGCGCUGUCAUAGCCAGAUGUGAGAUUGAAGACGCGAGCGAUGCCGAGGAAGUGCAGGCCAAGUUGGGCGCAGGUCUUGAAGAGCUAAACAAGAUUGUCGGUGCCGGCGCCGCAGCAAAGGGCGAUUUCCAAGCUAGACGACGGAAGAGGUCAACGCAAGCCAACUUCGGCAUCAAAGCGCUUGAGGAUCACCGUGCCGUUGCGAAGGCCUACGAAUACUGCCUCCCAACCGACCAUCUGAGCGAGGUUUCCAGCCGCCUCUGCCAGGCCAAGGCCCGCGGAGCGAGUCUCCGAAAAGACCACGAGCCUUCGCUUGAAUAUAUCGGGUCGGUGGUCAGGCAGCAUCGGGAGAGGAUGAAAUUUGCAAGCACCAUUGUCUCCAAGGGUGCUCACUACGUCGGGCACAACGCGACAGAACUGGACACCCUUAUCAUGGGCAACGGCAAAAGCGACAGGUACGUUCUCUACUUCAACGAACAGGUUCAGUCGUAGACAGAGCCUUGGCAGGCGAUUAGGAGACUCAUGGAGUCGCUUGAAUCUAAGGGCGAACAUGACUAAGUGAUUGUCUACGACUGCGAUCUGGGGGCGCGUAAGAUUAGCGAGCUUUCUGUAGAGCAGUACUGCGGCGGCAAGCUCGUUGUGAAGAAUCUGGUCACAACACGUCGGUUCCUGGAAGACCGUUGUGUGAUCCGCUUCUCGCCGGGGGUUUUAGACCCUUCCGACGUUGUUCCCCCUGUCCAGCGGAGGAAGUUGAAAAUUCGCUGUCCUGGAACCAGUUGCUCAACCGCAAAACACGUUUGGAUCUGCGAGCGGUGUAGAUGGUCGGUUGAGUUUGGGUUCGUCGAC